CGGAGGCCUCUUCUCGCGGCGCGAUCUCCAGAGUCUCGCGAUCAACGCGGUUUGGGGGCCGCGUCUACCCCCGCGCGGUGGCCGCCGCCGCGAGCGUGAGAUAUUUGUGGAGCCCCUGCUGUAUACCAGCUUUGGGGAUACAGUGGUGGAGCACAAAGAGACUCACCUGGUUUUUGCCUUUUUAGAGCUGCAGUCUAGUAUGGAAGACAAACAGUCAAAUAAUCACAGAAAUGGAAAAUAAUAUUGAAACUUGAGUAAAAGAUGCUGGAGCCACAGGAGAAUGGCUUGAUUGACCUACCAGAUUAUGAGCAUGUAGAAGAUGAAACUUUUCCUCCUUUUCCACCUCCAGCCUCUCCACAGAGAGAAGAUGGUGACGGAACUGAACCUGAUGAAGAGUCAGGGAGAGGAGUACCUGUUCCUGUACCUCCAAAGAGAACAGUUAAACGGAAUAUACCCAAGCUGGAUGCUCAGAGAUUAAUUUCAGAAAGAGGGCUUCCAGCAUUAAGGCAUGUGUUUGAUAAGGCGAAAUUCAAAGGUAAAGGUCAUGAGGCUGAAGACUUGAAAACUCUAAUCAGACACAUGGAGCAUUGGGCACAUAGGCUAUUCCCUAAGCUGCAAUUUGAGGAUUUUAUUGACAGAGUUGAAUACCUGGGAAGUAAAAAGGAAGUUCAGACCUGUUUAAAGCGAAUUCGACUUGACCUGCCUAUUUUACAUGAAGAUUUUAUUAGCAAUAAUGAUGAAGAAGGAGAAAAUCAUGGCCAUGACGUAACGGCUACCCAAUUAGAUCCUUUCUCAACAAACUCACUGGGAAGUGAGAAUUUUGCUUCUGAGUCAAGUAGAAGCCUAACAGAAGAACAACAACAGAGAAUUGAGAGAAAUAAACAACUGGCCUUGGAAAGAAGGCAGGCAAAGCUAUUGAGUAAUAGUCAGUCCCUUGGAAAUGACUUGUUAAUAAACACACAGACCACUGAAGAGGUUAAUACAGAUGAGGAUCAAGAGGAGUCAUUGGAUGGAUUUAACAAAGACAUUGUAGAGAGUCCACAUGCUGCUGCUGCUGCUGCUAAUACUGUAAGUGAAGAGGACGAAUUAAAGACAGAGACAACACAACUGGACCAUUCCUUUUAAA